AUGACGAACGACCCCAAAGACAGCAACAACGCCAGCCACAAGGAUGCUGCGAAGCACCCCGCCGCCGACCGCGACGAUGCCAACGCCAACCCCAACUCCAACCCAUUCAUAUCUUUCCGCCGCUAUGCCGAUGACCAGAUAUUCUCGCUCAUGAACUCUGUCAUGAGCAUCCCCGCCACCCUCUCCAAAGAGCACGAGCGCUGGAACGCAGCCCGCCAGAACGGCGACAGUGACGGCGAUAGCGAUACACAAGUCACCGGCACCGGCAGGCAGGAAGUCUGGGUGAAGCGAUGGUCUAGCGAUGAUAGUGCUAGUGACGGACAAGACGGCAAAAAGAAACAGGAUGACGACCUGUCGAGCUGGGUCAAGAUCUGGCGGCCGGACGGGCAGCAAGUCAAGCCGGAGGUCGUCGAGGAUCAGGACGGCGGCAAGACGUGGCACUGGAGCGGGUCAUGGUCAUGGCCACCGAAAAAGGGCGUCGACGACAGCAACUCCAACCAAGCGGCCAACGGCAACGACGAGCUUGAUCGCAACUUCGAGGAGGCGCGCAGAAAUGCGGAGAAGGAACUACAUGAGAUGUCAGAGUUGCUCAAGAGCUGGUUUGGUGCCGAGGACGACCACGGCACCAAGGAAGAUCCCCAACAGGUGGACAGAGGUCGGAGCCUGCUUGACUGGAUCGGACUUGGAGACGGCAGCGGCAGCUCAGACAUGAGGCAAGGCAUAGAAGACCGGAUCAAGCGGCUAGAAGACGAGUUCUUCAACGUGCGGGACAGCUUCUCCGGCCUCGCCCAGGGUCGCGGUCCAUGGACUCAUCUGCGCAUCUCCGACGAAGCACGUGAAGGCAGCCAGAUCCUGCAGAUCUUGGAUGGCCUUCAAUCGGCUUCCCAGCAUCAAGACCACCCUUUCGGUGGCUUCCCCAUGGCGCGUGGCUGGGGUCAUCCGCUGUCGUAUUUCCUGGAUUACUCUAACCCAAGAACGCGCUGGCUACUCCAGCACCCGUACUCCCCCGCCGUGCUCGAAGCGGAGGCAAUCAAGAAUGGCGUUGUUGGCACUCCCCGGUACGCCGACGCAUUCGAAGAUCUCAUGCGCGCAGAACGCGGAUGCAUGAGCCAAGGCAGUGCGAAUAACGAUUGGAGUCGUGCAAUGUGGCCGCGUAGCUACAGGCUCCUCUCCAACGUCUAUUCGCGCAGUCCCAGGACGCAGGAUUUCUUCCAGAACGUCGAGGAGGGUGGGGAAUGGUAUGUACCGGAGAAACAGCAACAGCAGCACGCUUCGCAAGCGCAACUUGCAGCUCCCACGUCUCUUCCCCCUUUCUAUAACCCCGCGAGCGAGGACAGAAGAAAAGAAGCGGCCCAUGACGACCACAUGUACGAGCGGUUCUUGGGAACGCACACAGCCGACCCGAAGACGGAGCUAGACAUGUACGAACGCUUCCUCGGCGAUUCCUCAUCGCACCACGGCAGCGGCAGCGGCAGCGGCAGCAGUCAGCAACCUCCUGCCGUCGCAUCACCACCAUCCAACAGCAACAGAAACACCAGCAUCGACGUCGCCUCUUCCCCCAUCCUCUCCACCAUCACCACGACCGAGCGCAACGUCGCCGCCGACGGCACCGUCACGACGAAGGUCACUUUGAAGAAACGCUUCGCUGACGGCCGCGAGGAGUCGUCCGAGACGGUCAACACGUCGCGCGGCGACCCGACGGCGAGCGGCGGCGGUGUGUCCGAGGAGGGCACCGGCAGCAACAAGAAGAAGGGCGGGUGGUUCUGGUCUGGUUGA